GGUGUCCUUGGAUAGCCUUUGAAGUCUAGUAUCUCAAUUGAGUGGUCUUUGUUCGAGGAGAGAGAGCUUAUCUUACCAGAAUCGAGCUGAAGUGAGUGGUGGUCUGUAAACUCGAGCUGUGAGAGUGCUGAGACUGUUUGGUUGAUAUCUCGAGUUAUACCAAUCCAAUUAAGGCGUGUGAGAUACCCAAAGAAAGCUCUCAAGACGAGGAAUCUGUGAAGGUCUGGUUUGCAUCAAUCGGAGUAGUGGAAGGCUUCCAAAUCGUCCGAGCAAAACACAACCUCGCAGAAACGGAUCUACUUUAAUUUUCUAAAGUUAGAUACUAACCUAGAGCAAAUCUUGGGAAACUAGGAAACGAGUUAAUCGGAAAACACCCAUUCUAGGGGUUGUUUUCGUAUCAACGAUUAAGGGUUGAACUAGCACUUUGAGGAGGCUGUUUAACACUCAUAUUUGAGCAAGGAAUAAGUUCCAAACCCACCUUGACCAAAGCUUUGACAAUUGGACCAAGAAGGGAAAGUUUAAAGCUCAAUUGAGGUUGAGGCUAGAGCUUGCUUCCUGUGCUCGUUGCCCGAGUGAUUUCCCCGGAGAGAAGACUUGGUUCGUGCUUCCUCCAUUCAGUUUUAGAACAUUAAUAAAUAUGCUCAUGGAUAUUUUACUUUAGAGCCUGCGUGCUCAUGUUUGCCCUGUGUGGCCCUUUGUUUUAAACAAUGUUUUCCGCUGCGUAUUGAAUUACUUAUUAUGCAUGUUUAUGGAUGACUUUUGUGUGAAUGAUAUUCAUGACGCCUUGUAUAAUAUGAAUGUGUUGGACUGCGGUUGACUAUUCGUAUUGUACGGCGGGUUGUUGACGUGUCCGGGGAGGUCCGGGGCGUGACAUCUUAAGACUUGAAUUGUGAUUACAUGGUCUACACAAGAUCAAUCAAUCUUGAAAUACAGUGGAAGGGAGUUUAGAGUACUUGAUUCAUUUGGUAAGAAUGUCUGCGAAGUUGGAAAAGAAAAAAUGGAUCUAUACGGAGGUGUGGGAGUGGAUAUGGAGAAAUAUCAUCGAUCCAGAGAACAGAAUGGGUUGUCACGUGGUAGAUGCAGCUGGAUCAGAGCUGCAGUUCAAGUGCCGGUUGGAAGAGUGGAGCAGAAAUCAAGAGUGAUGGUGGACAGAUUGGGGACUCUUUUUGGGAACAUAGCAGACUAUUCAGCACGUCCAAGCACUCAGUCCCCCCGAACAUCAAUGUGAACUUCUCGGUGAUGAACAUAGCGGGAAUAGAGAAUGUGCCAACGAUGGACAGAAACUUCAAUUUGAGGACUUUCCUGGUGGCUCCUAAGAACUUCAUAAUUCUAGACAACGACGAGAGGAUGAGGGGAACCACUCUGAGGGAGGUCUGCAGAAGCUUUGCGAACUUUGCCCUUGAGUACUACAAUGAGGACAUGGAGAGAAUGGGUAAUUUAGCUGAGAAAAUCUUGCAGCUUGCUUUGUUAGCAAGAGUAUGUUUGACUUUUCAGAUGGAAUAAGUGCUAACUUUAUCACUCCCUUUCCAAACAAAGCAAAGGUCAUUCAGGAAUUGAACAGUAGGUUGUUGCAAGCUGGUGGAACUAAGGCAACAUUUGAAGCCAAGGGUACAGUUAAAGGAUCUUUGAAUUUGAUAGUGUGAGC